CGGCGAGUUCCAUUCACGCUCAAGCCUAAAAUUGAGGAGGAACUGGAUAAACUGAUUGCACAGGGAAUACUAGAGCCUGUCACCCACGCAACCUGGGAAACUCCCAUCGUGACUCCAGUCAAGCCCAGUGGGGAAGUGCGGAUUUGUGCAGACUAUAAGUGCACCCUCAACAAGGCUCUUCAGGCCCACGCAUACCCUGUGCCCAUCGUCAGCCACGUUUUAGCCACCCUAGCCGGCGCAAAAAUUUUUGGCAAGUUGGACUUGGCCCAAGCUUACCAACAGCUGCCGGUGGAUGAGGCCACGGCCAACGCCCAAACAAUUGUGACCCACCGGGGGGCCUUUAGAGUAAAGCGGUUGCAAUUUGGCGUGAGUGUGGCUCCGGGGUUGUUCCAGGAACUCAUGGACGACGAACUAUCCACCCACAAAGGCUGCCUACUAUGGGGCAACAGAGUCGUCAUCCCCAAACCCUUGCAAGUCCAAGUGCUGAGAGCCCUGCACGAGGCACACCCGGGCAUAGUCCGCAUGAAGGCUCUCGCACGGAGCUAUGUCUGGUGGCCCGGCCUCGAUGCAGAAAUUGAGGCUUGGGUUAAAAGGUGCCCGACAUGCCAGGUGUCAAGGCCUGACCCCCCACGUGGCCCAGUGCAAUCAUGGGAAUCCACCAAAACCCCCUGGUCAAGACUGCACAUGGACUUUGCUGGCCCCUUCCAUGGGUGGACUCUACUCAUACUAGUGGAUUCAUACUCCAAGUGGUUGGAGGUGGUCCAGGUGCCCUCGCCAUCGUCGCAGGCGACCAUCACAGCUCUGAGGGCCAUCUUUGCAACCCACGGGUUGCCGGAGACCAUCGUCACCGACAACGGCACAGCAUUCACGUCCGCAGUGUUCCAGGACUUCUUGGCCAGGAACCUCAUCAGGCAGAUUCGCUCUGCCCCGUUUCAUCCAGCCACCAACGGCCAGGCA